UCUACUUAGUGUUGAUCUUCCUUGGAGGAAAUCACGAUGUUACUGAAGGUAGGUAACGUUUUAAUUGUCGUCAAUAUUAAUCAUUAUUCGACUUGUGGGAGGGGGGCAGAAGAAAAUGGCGUCAACAAUGGCAUGGUUGGAACCGUCGCUUGUUCUGGAACGCCAUUGUACCGCGUGGUUAUGCCUGACAACCUGCUGUUUACUUCAGUUCGAAGAAAAUUUCGCCGCGUUCGGUCACGAUUUUGUGUCUCUCUCGCGAUGUCGGAGUUUUUCGGGCCAAGUUUGGACGGUACGUACCCAACCAUGUCCAUCUACGGUGGACCUCUUUAUGCGGAGUUCUUGGGACCGUUCUACGCCAAUGCGACUGCAGGAAGUUUCUCAACAACUCCAUCAACAGCCGAACCCGUGGGUUCUCACCCAGGUCUACCCGGCUGGGAAGACAAGGCAGUUCAAGACUUGCAAGACAUCUGGUUGGAUCUAGAAGAAUCCUUGUCAAACAAGUACCACUCCAGGGUUGAGAGAGAUGACGUUCCACAGAUUGAGGAACUGGCGAGGUUGUUUGUAUUCCGUGCCAAAAGCUCACAGCGCUGGGUACCAUACUACACUGCGCUAUCUCCCACAGCUACACCCUGCCCAGAGCCUGAAGUUAAAGCUACAGAGGCUGGAGCCACACCAACAGAUCAGGACAUCAGAAUCCUGGCCAGAGAGGAAGAUGAAGAAGACGACCUGAAGGAUUGGAUAAAUGGAAUGAACGAUGAUCUUGACAUUUCCUCCAUGAUACAAGAGGCUGGAUGUGAUUUGUUGAGUGGCGCUGAUGAAGAAGACUUGAGUGCGGUGACAUCUAUCAGUCAGCUCACCAGUGGCCAGACUCCUGAAUGUGACCGUUCUGUCUUGAUUGGUUGUGAAGAGACACAGUCCAACCAGUGUGAUACCCCAUUUGAAGAGGAGGAUGACAAGUCUGCAACUAUGGAUCUGGCAGCUACUUACAACAGCCUGGCAGAACAACCCAUGCCUUGCCUCCCGUUUGAGAGCCAGUCACCUGCAAACAUGCCAAAGCCAUCAUCACCAGCAACUGAGUUGUUGCUGACCCCAGUUUAUGAUGAUGCUUGUGCACACUAUCCCAGUUGUGCUGAGGAGCCACCGUCCCCGAAGUGUGCUUCUGUUGUGGAGCGUGAUGAUUGGGUCAUGAUAGCAGCUGUGGCAACUCUCUUUGUGUAUCACGCCAAGCACAGCCUGCGCCAUGUGCCGUACUACACCUGUCAGUCUCCAGCGCAUACCCCACCGGCCACUCCAAGACUGGUGAUGGAUGGAUUGUCAGGUGAUGAAGAUGUACAAAGCCUUGCUAGGAGAGCUGAUGAAGAAGACAUAGCAGAUUGGGUCAAUGGGAUGUGUGGCACUGGAGACCAAUCUACAACUACUACGUUGUUGCACCAAAGUGAAGAUGUGCACAGUCUUGCCACAAAAAUUGGCAAGGAAGACACACAAGACUUUGUCAAUGAAACAUGUGGUGACCAAUCUACACCUACCAAAUUGUUGCAACAAGAUAAAGGUGUCCACGGUCAUGCCAAGGAAAUCUAUAAGGAAGACACACAAAGCUUUGUCAAUGAAACAUGUGGAGACAAAUCUUCACCUACCUCAUUUAUGCACCAAGGUGACGAUGUCCACAGUCUUGAAAAGGAAGAGCAAGACAACUUAAAUGUCACUCUCAUGUGUGGCCCCUCUCAUCAAAUGGCACCUGCUGCAUUGACAGUUCAAGAUGCAGAUACCCAAGCCAAGAAAGGUGACAAGGAAGGUCAAGGAAAGUUGAUUGAUGAGAAAGACAUGCAUAUGAAGGCCCAAACUGAUGAGCCCAAGAAGAGGAGAGGCAAAUGGUGGGACUUAAGGAAAAAGAGAGAGAUGGCCACAGACAGGACAAAUGGCACCAACAAUGAGGAUGCAAAGAAAGGAAGGAAGUGGUGGAGGAGAGCAUUCAAGAAGGAGAGUGAUGGAAAGACAAGUAGCAGUGACAAUGAGCAAAGAAAUCGCUGGUGGAAGAUCUUCAGGGAGAAACAGUCACAAAAGAAAGGACAAGGAAUGGAAGAUGAGAUGACAACUAAAGAUUCAAACACAAAAUGGUGGAAGAUUGGCAGUAAGAAGAGUGUGGGCAGUCAAGCUGACACAGGAAUGGGUGAUAACAAGACUGGAAGGAGUGCAGGAUGCUGCAUCUGCAUGUGAAGAAGAGACCUAAAGUAUAUCUUGUGGCUCCUCUCACUUGGAUUAAAGACAGAUAGCACAAUCAAUUCAAGAUGCUCUCAGUGGAAGGCAACUUGACUCAGCUUAUUAGAUGGUUACCAUCUGCAUUGUAAAUAUAAGGCCAUUUUAUUACUAUAUUUAAUCUGAAGCAAUACUGUUCAUGCUUUUAAUGACACAAGGAUGGUGCUUUCAGCUAUAAGCACUCUUUAUUAUUGUGCUAUGUACAGUGUACCUCGAUCACCAAUUUAAUGUUGGAAAGAUUUAAAGGAUUUUAACACAAAUACUGCCAACAUUCAUUUUUGUACAGAGGGUUAUAUUUAUGUAUAUAUAUGAAAUUUUGAGAACAAUAUGCACAUGUCCUAGAAGGACUAUAACAGUCAAUACGUUUGUAUUGCAAAAGGCAACUCUGAGUAAAAUUUUGAUCAAAGGA